CGGCCACAAUAACCCACGCCCGCCGCACCACCCCCUCCCCUCGGUCCUCCUCGCCUCCAUCCAGUCCAGAUCGCGGAACCUUUUUCCUUAGAGCAACGCCCCCCCGCCCCACCACCUGUCCUGCGGCGAGAGUGCGGCGCGGGCGGGCUAGGCACCCAGAUCUGGUGCGGCGGUCGCCGGAGAUGGCGUGCAUCAAGAGCGCGCAGCGCGCGGCGCUGACGGCGCUCGCGCCGGAGGCGCCCUACCUCGCCGCCGGCACCAUGAGCGGCGCCGUCGACAUGCAAUUCUCCGCGUCGGCCAACAUCGAGAUCUUCAGCCUCGACUUCCAGUCCGACUCCCCCGACCUGCCCCUCCUCGCCGCGGCCCCCUCCCCCGACCGCUUCAACCGCCUCUGCUGGUCCCGCCCGGGCGCCGCCGACGGCGACUCCUUCUCCCUCGGCCUCCUCGCCGGCGGGCUCAGCGACGGCUCCGUCGCCGUCUGGAACCCGCUCAGCAUGAUCAGCUCCGAGGGGCAAGCGGAGGACGUCAUGGUCGCGCAGCUCGAGAAGCACAACGGGGCGGUCACUGGAUUGGAGUUCAGCGAGCUCACACCCAAUCGGCUCGCUUCAGGGGGUAACGAGGGGGACAUUUGCAUCUGGGAUCUCAAAAACCCCUGCGAGCCAAACGUCUUCCCGCCGCUGAAGAAUGUUGGUUCGAAUGCUCAAGCUGAAAUAUCUUGCUUAACCUGGAACCCCAAGUUUCAGCAUAUACUAGCAUCAGCUUCUAGUAACGGGAUUACAGUAGUUUGGGAUUUGAGAACCCAGAAACCAUUAACUAGCUUUUCAGAUUCAAAUAGAAGGAACUGUUCUGUUCUCCAGUGGAAUCCAGACAUGUCCACCCAGCUAAUUCUUGCAUCAGAUGACGACAACUCUCCUUCUUUGAGAGUAUGGGAUGUGAGGAAAACCAUUGCACCUGUACGGGAAUUUGUGGGACACUCGAAAGGUGUAAUUGGUAUGUCAUGGUGCCCCUAUGACAGUUCAUUCUUGCUUACUUGUGCUAAAGACAAUAGAACAAUAUGCUGGGAUACAGUUAGUGGAGAGAUUAUCAGUGAGCUACCAACAAGCUCUAAUGGUAACUUUGACAUUCACUGGUACCGGAAAAUUCCAGGUGUUGUAGCAGCAUCUUCAUAUGAUGGGAAAAUCGGUGUACACAACUUGGAGUUCUCCAGCCUGUAUGCAGCUGGUGAUAGCACUGUUGGUGCCUCAGCACGUCCAAGAGCUGCAGCUCCAAAAUGGUUGAAAUGCCCCACGGGUGCAUCUUUCGGCUUUGGUGGCAAACUUGUUUCCUUCCAUCCAGCCCAAGGCACACAAGCGGGUACUUCUGAGGUGCAUGUGCAUAAUUUGGUGAUUGAGCAGAGUCUAGUAAGCCGGUCAACUGAAUUUGAAGCUGCUAUGCAGAAUAGGGACAAAAGUGCACUGCGUGCUUUGUGUGAACAAAAAUCACAAGAAUCUUUAUCCGAGGAGGAGAAAGAAACGUGGAGCUUCUUAAGGGUUAUGUUCGAGGAUGGGGAUACUGCCAGAACAAAAUUGCUUGUUCAUCUUGGAUUCAAUCCACCUCAAGAACCGACUGUGAAUGCAACUGAUGAACUGAGCAAAUCAUUGGCUGAUACACUUAAUCUUGAUCAUGGUACUGAUAAUAUGGAUGCCCAAUUUCUUGCUGAUAACGGUGAUGAUUUUUUCAAUAAUCCUCAACCUUCAGAGACUAGCUUGGCUGAGGAGCCAAUAUCUACAAAUGUCCAAGAGAUCGAGCAGGAAAUGCCUGAAAAUAUUGUGCUAUCUGAUCCAUCAAUUGACAAAAGUAUUCAACAUGCAUUGGUAGUUGGAGACUACAAAGGUGCUGUUAAUCAGUGCCUUGCUGCGAAUCGUAUGGCUGAUGCUCUGGUUAUUGCCCAUGCUGGUGGUUCUGCUCUAUGGGAGAGCACCAGAAACCAAUAUCUUAAGAACAGUGUCUCACCCUAUUUAAAGGUUGUUUCUGCUAUGGUUGGCAAUGAUUUGAUGAGUUUUGUGAGUACGUGGCCACUAAAUGCAUGGAAGGAAACACUUGCACUACUGUGCACAUUUGCCGGGAAAGAGGAAUGGAAUGUUUUAUGUGACACUCUUGCAUCUAGACUUCUGAGUGCUGGUGAUAUGCUAGCUGCGACCCUAUGUUACAUUUGUGCUGGAAAUAUUGAUAAAGCUGUUGAAAUAUGGUCUCGCAACCUGAGCUCUGAAGAUGGUGGAAAGACUUAUGUUGAUCUUCUCCAGGAUUUGAUGGAGAAGACCAUUACUCUCGCCCUUGCCACGGGCCAUAAGAGGUUUAGCGCAUCUCUAUCUAAGCUUGUUGAGAACUAUGCAGAGCUGUUGGCCAGUCAAGGCCUUCUUAAAACUGCAAUGGAAUACUUGAAGCUUAUGGGAGCAGAUGAAAAUUCAGAGGAUCUGUCUAUACUGAGAGAUCGAAUUGCAUUUUCUACAGAAGAGAAUGAUGCUACCAGGAGUUCUGUUCCGGAGAGUAGUGCCAACAGCUCCUCCUACCUACCAAAUCAACGGAGCUACACCCCAGACCCUUCUCAGAAUCUUUACCAGGGGCCUCAACAAUAUAAUAAUGUGCAAAGCUAUCCAGAAGUUUACCCGCAACCACCUAAUAGUAGAGCCAAUGUGCCAAGCAAUGCAUAUCCAGAAGUUUACCCGCAAUCACACAAUGCAGCCUACUCAGGAUAUGCUGGAUAUCAACCUCAACAUCAAACACAAAUGUUUGUUCCUCAAAACACACCAGUGGACACCCAGCCAAGCCCGGCUCCAUUACCGGUUCCACAUCAAACAGUGAAGACAUUUACUCCUGCAAACGUACCGAGUCUCAAAAACCCAGAGCAAUAUCACCAAGCAAGUACCUUGGGUUCCCAGCUCUACACGCCUCCUGCGAAUUCAUCAUACGCUCCUGGACCACCCGCCCAGUUCCAUAGUGGACCUCCCACCACGUUUCAUCAGCCUGCACCACCGGCUCAAUACCAGACUGUUCCACCCAUCCCUUCAGUUCCAGGAACAAACCCUAACCAGAUGUUUACCCCUGCUGUUCCGACUAAUUCAGCCUCUAGGUUUAUACCGUCAACCAAUCAAGGUUUUGUUCAGCGGCCAGGCUUGAGUCCUGCACAGCCCUCAAGUCCAACACAGGCGCAACCACCAGCUCAGCCUACAGUUGCUCCUCCUGCACCUCCCCCCACUGUGCAAACAGCUGAUACAUCGAAUGUGUCUGCUGAUCUGAGACCUGUUAUUGCAACACUGACCAGACUAUUUGAUGAGACGUCCAAAGCCUUGGGAGGCGCACCAGCUAAAAAACGUGAAAUUGAAGACAACUCAAAGAAGAUUGGGGCAUUAUUUGCCAAACUCAACACUGGAGAUAUAUCUCCAAAUGUUUCAUCAAAACUCAUUCAGAUGUGCAGUGCACUUGAUAGUAGUGAUUUUGCCACUGCAAUGCAACUUCAGAUUCUUCUGACGACCAGUGAUUGGGAUGAGUGCAACUUUUGGCUCUCAUCAUUGAAGCGUAUGAUCAAGACAAGGCAGAGCUUCAGAGUGUAAAUCUGCGUGGCCUUGCCGCAGCUAGUUCUGUAUACACCUUUUUCUGAUUGUCAAAAUUGUUAGUGUUAGCAAUUUGGAGGGUUGGCGUGCACAGAGAUGUUAUCCUGCUUCGUCUGUCAACUCUGCCGAAGCUUCUUGUUGCGGAAAGUGGUCUGUCAUUCGGGUGACAUUACGUUUUGACGACUCAUAGUUUUUCCAUGUUCCUUUGCAAGAGGAUGCGAGUCCUUUGGGGGUGUUGUUGGUUUUGGAAAUUAUAAGUUGUAAGAGGUUACUUAGUCUGUCAUACUAGCUGGUCCAUUUUCCGUACCCUUGAAUUGAUCAGUCUGGACCUUUGAAAAUACCCUGGAUGAUUGAUAUGGUAUUACAGUGUCUUGUCUAUUACAUUGGCAUCAAUAUAGAUAUUAAUAAACUCAAAUUGAUA